GUGGGUGUUGAUGGACCAAAGGACCGGUCCUUACUGCCUCUGAGACGCUGAAGACCCAUGAUCUCUUGAACAGGAGCCGCUCGGAGAUGUUCACGCUCCUGUUCUUCAGUGGAGUCCUGUUCACUCAAGCUCAGGGUUGGUCUGAGCCAAGGAUCAGACUGAAAUCCGGAGCUCCGGUGGGUGAGGAUGUGAUUCUUGACUCUGGUUCUCUUCUUCAUCUGAUCUGUGAAGGCGACGGCCCGGUCACAUGGCUUCCCCGACUGGCCAAACACAAGAAGUUCAUCUCCAAGGAGGUGGGAAAGGUUCGUAGUUUCCACGUGGGAAAAGCCUCGGCAGAAUUUACAGGAACGUACAAGUGCAUCUAUACGAACAGAAAUGAUUCAAACGGGUCAUCUUCGGUUCAUGUGUUUGUCAGAGACGAACAAACUCUCUUCGUCUCACCGAGUACGUCUCUGCGUUACGUGCGGAAAGAAGGUGAAGAUCUGACGCUGCCGUGUCUUCUGACCGACCCCGGCGCCACGCACUUCAGCUUCCGCAUGGAUAACGGCUCAGCGGUGCCCUAUGGCAUGAACGUCACCUUUGACCCUCAAAAGGGCGUCCUGAUUCGCAACGUUCAGCCUGGAUUUAACGCCGACUACGUUUGCAGCGCUAGAAUCAGAGGGGCUGAGAAAGUGUCGAAGAUAUUCUCCAUUAACGUCAUUCAACGAUUGCGUUUUCCACCGUACGUGUUUCUGAAGAGGAGUGAGUAUGUCAAACUGGUGGGAGAGAGAUUUAAGAUCAGCUGCACCACUAACAACCCCAACUUUUACUACAACGUCACAUGGACGCACUCCUCUAGAAAGCUGCCCCGAGCAGAAGAGAAAUCGACGAUGGAAGGGGAUCGUCUGGCCAUCGAGAGCAUCCUGAUCAUCCCGGCUCUUCAGCUGUCUGACUCGGGAAACAUAACCUGCACGGGUCAGAACGAGGCCGGAGCCAACAGCUCCAGCACACAGCUGCUGGUCGUGGACGAGCCGUAUAUUCGACUCUCCCCGAAGCUCUCGUCUAAGCUCACUCACCGCGGCCUGUCCAUCGAGGUGAACGAAGGAGAAGAUGUGGAUCUCAGGGUCCUGAUCGAAGCGUAUCCACCGCUGAUCUCACACCAGUGGGUCACUCCGACAUCCCACAAUGCCUCACUCCCAGAGAACAGGUUUUACAGUUAUAACGACAGGUAUGAGGCGCUGUUGUUCCUCAAGAGACUGAACUUCCAGGAAACCGGACGCUACACGCUCAACGUCUACAGCAGCAAGAAAAAUGCCUCCAUUACUUUUGAUAUUAAAAUGUACACGAAACCUGUAGCGACGGUGAGAUGGGAGAACGUCACCACUCUGUCAUGCAGGUCUUAUGGAUAUCCAGCUCCCAGCAUCCUCUGGUACCAGUGCACAGGAAUCAGAACCACCUGUCCAGAAAACUCCACAGGUCUUCAGCCCGUCCAGACGCAGACGCUGGCGUUUCACAAGGAUCCGUAUGGGGCGGUGGGUGUGGAGAGCGUCCUGACCGUGGGGCCGUCCAACCAGAGGAUGACCGUGGUGUGUGUGGCCUUCAAUCAGGUGGGACAGGGCAGCGACACCUUCGCCAUGGACGUCUCUGAUCAGCUCUUCACCAGCGCUAUGUGUGGGUCUAUAGUGGCCAUGGUGGUUCUAGCGCUGCUGCUCAUCUUCAUGAUCUACAAGUACAAACAGAAACCCAGAUACGAGAUCCGCUGGAAAAUCAUUGAAGCCACAAAUGGAAACAACUACACCUUCAUUGAUCCCACACAACUGCCAUACAGUGAGAAAUGGGAGUUUCCCCGAGACAAGCUAAAGCUAGGAAAGACUCUCGGAGCAGGGGCUUUUGGGAAGGUGGUGGAGGCCACAGCAUACGGCCUGGGCACAGAGGACAAUGUGACACGUGUAGCUGUCAAAAUGCUGAAAGCCAGCGCUCAUCCUGACGAGCGAGAGGCUCUGAUGUCUGAGCUGAAGAUCCUCAGUCAUCUCGGGCAGCACAAGAACAUUGUGAACUUGCUGGGCGCCUGCACACACGGCGGUCCUGUGCUGGUGAUCACAGAAUACUGUUGUCAUGGCGAUCUUCUGAACUUCCUGCGUUGCAAAGCUGAGAACUUUUUGAACUUAGUCGUGAUGAUUCCGAAUCCGACGAUGGAUUAUAAGAACGUCAACACUGAACGAAUGUUUCUCAGAAGUGACAGUGGGAUCUCCAGUACUUGCUCUGAUAGUUACCUGGCCAUGAGACCAGCCUCUUCCAGACCCAUAAACUCAGCUCAGAGUUCUUCUCUGGACUGUGAGCAGGCGGAGGAUUCGUGGCCUCUGGACAUGGACGACUUGCUCAGAUUCUCCUAUCAGGUGGCGCAGGGACUCGACUUCCUCACCGCUAAAAAUUGCAUCCACAGAGACGUGGCGGCCAGAAACGUCCUCCUCACCAACAGCCGAGUGGCCAAGAUCUGUGAUUUCGGCCUGGCGCGAGACAUCAUGAACGACUCCAACUACGUGGUCAAAGGAAACGCGCGUCUUCCAGUGAAGUGGAUGGCUCCAGAGAGUAUUUUCGACUGUGUUUAUACGGUUCAGAGUGACGUCUGGUCUUACGGGAUCCUGCUGUGGGAGAUUUUCUCAUUGGGUAAGAGCCCGUAUCCCAACAUACUGGUGGACUCCAAGUUUUAUAAGAUGAUCAAAUGUGGCUAUCAGAUGUCCAGACCUGACUUUGCACCUCCAGAGAUGUACAACAUCAUGAAGACGUGCUGGAACCUGGAGGCUGCUGAGAGACCCACCUUCAGUAAGAUCAGUCAGCUGAUCGAGAGGAUGCUGGGAGACGCAGAAGAUCAGCAGGAUACGCAGUACCAAAAUCUCCAGUCCGAUGAACGCGAUGACCAACAACGAGAGUCAUGUGACCCUGUAAAGCACGAAGAAGAGUCGUUUGAGACGUCAUGUGACCAGGAAGAAGAGGAUCAGCCGCUCAUGAAACCCAACAACUACCAGUUCUGCUGAGGCCUUAACUAGCUAAAGCUGGAUCUUCGAACGUCGGCAACCGUUGCACAACCUGUCCACAAACACGUGAACCGCGAUCCGACACCGGUUUCACACGCUCUGCUUCUGUAGUUCUGCUCGCUUGAAAUCUGGUAAACAGCGUCGAACUCGUCCGUAGAGUUGAAGCGCGUUGGAUUCGACCGGUUUCACUUCUCAGCCGAGCCCGAAACCUCUAGAUCUGGGAUUUGUUUGUCGUCCGAUGUCUUUAUUUGUUACGGGACUUCUCUGUUGCCAAAGUUGAAAAGCAGCUUGUUCAGCGUUUUAAACGCAGAUGCUGCAUGUUCCACUUCCACUUUAUACUUGAUCUGCGUGUCAGUCAUGUUUCUUCCUUUUAAAAACCCUGAAAGUGACCACAGACACGCUUAACCGUUUUUGUGCAGCUAAAUAACUAGAAGCCAAUGGUACAGGUAGCCUCGCCUAUUCAAAGAUACAAGGCCACAUUCUUAUAUUAAAAAUAGUGUAUACACCAACAACAGUAUGCUAUAACAUCACAUUUAGCAUUUUAUUUUUUUGCUAAUUUUAUUUAUUUUUUUGCAUUUUAUUUUUUUAUUUCAAUUGUAAUAAUUUUGCGUUACUUUUUUAUUUUAGUUUUCAUUUCAUUUAUUUAUUUUUUUGCAUUUUAAUUCAUUUUUUUUUCUUUUGUUAAUUUUCAGUUAAUUUGCAUUACGGUCUCACAUUUUCAUUUAGUUUUAAUAUUUUAGUUUUAAUUUUAAUUGUGCAUUUUUUUCAUUUUAAUUCAGUUUUUUUUGCUUUUUUAACUUUAUUUUUCCCCAUUUAAUUUAUUUAGCAUUUUUAGUUUUUUUUAUUUUGCCUUUUUUUAUUCUAAUUUUGAAGUCAAUGUCUCACAUAACUCACCUGUAAGCAUGGUUUGACGUGGCCGCAGGUAAUCAGCCCGGGUCAGAGGGCAGACGUGUCUCCUGCUCUAGUUCUUGGUCAAUCUUUGUAGGCAAACACGGUAUUUUAUUGCUUCCUGCAGUGAUUACGCUCGUUUGGAGCGAUAGCAUGAGGUCAGCGCAGGUUUGGAGGACAGAUUCACGUCUCCAACGGGUGAAAUAUUGACAUGCUGUUGGCGCAAUAAUGUUUCGGCAGAUCGCCGUCUUGUUUCUUCAGAUAACUGGGGGGUCAAAGGUUAAAUGCGUUCUCGUUUAUCACCGAAGCCUUAGGAAUAGUAAAGAAAACAAUGGCUGACGACGCAGAAAGCAUUUCAGGAAGUUAAAACUAAACAUUUGCUUUUCCUUUUCUGUAAAGAGAAAGGUAGACGGUUUCGAUUCAGUUUCAUACGCAUAUAUGCACUUGAUUAUUUAGAUGUGCAGCAGACGUCUAAAUGAAUUUGGUAAGCUGCACGUGAUCAAAGUCAAACUCUUUUUAUGUAGUCUCUUUUUAAGUGUUUACUUAACUGUCAAAUGAAGCACCAAAACUGCCAGAGUAACUUUACGUUGCUUAAAAUGUCUGAUUAAGUUGAAACAUAUGCCACACAGUAUUUAGCUAUUUCAUUUUGAAAGCUAAUUUCACAUUUUGCAUUUUCAGUUCAUUUCGAAUCUUAAUUUGCAAUUUAAUUUUGUAAUUCAAUGUAAGAUUUAGCUUUUUAAACCUUUAUUUGCCAUUUAAUUUCACAUUUUGCUUUUUCUUUUAAUUUUUAAACCUUCAGAUGCAAUUUAAUUUUACUAUUUGAUUUCGUUUUUUCUUUUGCUUUUUCAAACAUUUAACUCAAACCCGUUUUUCUGUAGUUUACUAACAGUUUGAAAUAGAUAAAUUGUUUUGUCGAAGUUCAUCUGAACUCUCAAAUGAAGAACUUGCUAAAAAUGUGGUUAAUCUGAGGUUUUAUUUCUCAAAGCACAAACUGCCAUGUUUAUACGUUUAUAUUAUUAUCCUUAUUUACAUUUCUUACGCAACAGUGUUUUAUGGAUUAAAGUUCAGUUAUGAGAGAUGUAUUGAUCAUAAUGACGUCUUUUCUGUGAGUUCUCAUGAGUCUUAUCGUAAUGAGUUUUGCACCUUUGAUAUCUACGCAUCUGUAAAUUUUAGUUUUACUGCAGAACUUGCUACUGAAAACUACUAAUAAACCACAGAAGUGUAACGUGAGCUUGUUUUAUCAGUGAAAAUACAGUUUAUUGGGAGCGUUUCUGAGGUCAAGUCAAGCACAAACUCAUAUUUGAGCGCAUGAUGCGUUACGAAACAGAUCUCUCAGAAUUAAUACUCAAACGUGUUCCUGUGCAUUAAAAAAGCCAUCAAAAUUUGAAAUGAAAAAUAAAUACUGUCAGUUUUCCAGUUCGUUUUUACUUUUCUGUGACCGAUAAAAUGCUUCUUAUUCACAAUCAUAAACACGUCAGAAUAAGAUAUAAUGCCAGAGUCACACAAAGCGUUUUAAAUACUUUUUUUUCACACCAGUGAAUGUGUGCCAUAUUUAAGGUCUUCUGAAAUCAUACAACAGACACUGAAAAACGCUGCAUAAAAAUGUUUAAAAUCAUUUGGGUCAAUAAAUGACAACGGUUUAUUUUUCCAUGAAGUAUUUCCAUCAUCUGAAGUGCUUUCAGGAUCUUGUCUCCACAUCAUCUCUAAAAAAAUAAAAUAAAAUGUAAAAUGUGAAACAAAAUAAAAUAAAAAUAUUGAAUGGAAUAAAAAUAAAGUGAUUAAAAACAAAAUUAAAUACAAAUAAUAAAAUAAAAAUAAAUAAA